AAAAGAAGAUUAACUUUCUAGUGACGUUUUGAAAGAUGACGUGUAUUUAAAUUUUAAUUUUAAUGUUUUUAUUGAAGAUUUAGGUAACUUUGGAUAAUUUUUAUGAAAUAGAGGGCAAAAUGGCUUUAAUGACUAUGAUUGCACGUGUGGCAGAUGGACUUCCAUUAGCAGCAAGUAUGCAGGAGGAUGAACAAACUGGUCGAAAUAUCUUGGAUUACCAAAACCAAGCAAAAAUGUUAUUUCGAAAGUUAGGCCCACAGUCUCCUAAUAGAUGUACAAUUGAGACUGGCCCAUAUUUAUUUCACUAUUUAAUAGAGUAUGAUGUAUGUUAUUUAGUGUUAUGUGAGAGAGCCUUUUCUAAAAGACUAGCAUACUCUUAUUUAGAAGAUAUCGCACAAGAAUUCCAUUCACAGUAUGGUCGGAGAGUAAACACUGUUACAAGACCAUACACAUUUAUUGAGUUUGAUACAUAUAUUCAAAAAGCCAAGAAGCAAUUUAAUGAUUCUCGAUCCAGAAGAAACUUAAAUGCAAUCAAUAAUCAGUUGCAAGAUGUACAAAGGAUUAUGGUACAGAAUAUUGACGAUGUAUUGCAGAGAGGCACUGUAUUAUCAGAACUGGAUACUAAGACACAAAAUUUAUCCAUGUUAACACAAAAAUAUAAAAAAGAUGCAACAUAUUUGAAUACAAAAUCUAUGUAUGUUAAGGCAGCAGUAGGAGGAAUUGUAGUUUUAGUGUUUUUCCUAUAUUUUUGGGUGUUGUAAAUAAUGUAAUUUUAACUAUUAGGAUCCAAAAAUGUAUAUAAAUUAUUUUCAAAAAUUUUACAUUAUAUCUAAAAUAAAGAACAGUAGGGAGUUGUUUAUGUAAUUGUUUUUUGUAUAUUAUUUUUAAAUA